AAUGCCAGUUCAUUAAUUACGACGACUGCUACAUUUAAUGUAUUUUAUGAACUUAGAGAUCUUUUGAUUGAAUCUAAUUGCACAACUGAUGAUGAAUUUGGUCCUCCUACAGAAUUUUAUGCGAUAUCACGUAGAAAUUAUAGUUACUAUUGGCACGAAUUAUAUCCAGAAUUUCCAGAAACUCAAUUGGUUAAUUCAUAUCAUAGCUUCAAUUCGGAAAGUUACUUUCACCAUCUUUCUAAACACGAAACCACAGAUCUAAUAAUUGAAGUAGGAGAGAACCCUAAUAGUGAAAAGUUUAGGGCGCAUACAGAAAUUCUCUCUAAUAGUACGCCUUAUUUUGAAUGUGCUUUAUCACCAUCUUGGGCCAUAUUUGAGAACAAUGAAAUUAUCUUUAAAAAACCUAAUAUAACACCACAAGUGUUUCACGUUGUGCUAGAUGGAAAAGUACAUUGGCAAAAGCAUACUGAAAAAGAUAUAUUGGACUUUUUAGUGGCAGCCGAUGAACUAUUAAUUGAUAGAAUUUUAGAUGAAGGUCAAAGUCAUCUCAUUGGGCAAAGAUAUGAAUGGAUAUUAUAUAAUUUGAAUUUUAUAACUUUUAUUAGCUUCAAAUAUAAAUCAUUUGAAAAACUUCGAAAUUAUUGCAUAGAAAAGAUUUGUGAAAAUCCAAGAUUAAUCUUUAGUUCAAAUUAUUUUUUAAAAUUUGAUGAAGAAUUUUGGAUAAAAUUUUUAAAUAAAGAUAAUAUUCAAAUGGAAGAAUUCGAAAUUUGGCAUAAUUUAAUUUUAUGGGGAAUUGGACAAUUUUCAAUAACAAAAAAUCAAUCAUUUUUUAAUUUUUCUAAAAAUGAAUUGAUUUAUUUAAAAAGCAUAUUACAACAUUGUAUUCCAUUAAUUAGAUUUACAGAUUUUUCUAUUAGUCAACUUUAUACAUAUGUUUGGCCUUUUAGAGAUAUUAUCGAUUUAAAGUUAAGAAAAGAAAUAAGACCAGCAAUUAGAGAUAGUCCAAAUUUGGGUCCCUGUUUUGGCAGAGAGGAUAUAUAUAUGACAGAUAAUUUUAAAACACAUGGAUCAUGUUCAUCCAAAUCUUCAAGUUUCAAUGAUAUUAUAUUUGCAAAAAUUUUUACUAUCAUAGAAUAUGAAGUUUUUCAAGUUGUUUACAAAAGAAGUGAGGAAAAUAGAUGGGUUUCAUUUAUGAAUCCUAAAUACUUUGAAAAUGAUGAAUAUGUUGUUGACGCCGAAUUAACUUACAAGAUUUUGCCAUUCCGUAUUAGGAAAUACCUAGACAAGGAAGAAUUAGUAAUCAACGUGAAACGUGAAGAAAAUAUAUUGGGAAGUAAAGACAGCUGCAAAGAUAAUUAUUUCAAUAAUACUGAACAUCAAAAUGAAAUAAACUGUCAUCAUUCGACGUCCUCAGAUAAUUCCUAUCAUGGGUUUAAAAACAAAGUCAAAGUGGAAAUCAAACAAAAGGGAAAGAUGCUAGAAAAUAGAUGCCUUGGAAAUAAGGAAACUAAAAAGGAAUAUAAAAUCAUUAUUAGUGAAAGAGAUCAAGUAGAACAAGAAAACAGAAACGAAAAGAUAGAAUAUUUAGCACUGAAGACUUGGAUGACUCAAUUGGACGAAGCACUAUAA